UGACUCCGUUAAUCGUUGCUGAUAACGGGUAAGACGACGGGUGGGAUGAACAGUAGCGGGAAUACCGACAGCGACGGACCCCACGGAUGGCUCGCCACCUUAUCUGCAAAAGUGGCGGCUGGCGCCAGUGGCCUCUACGACCCCACAUCUGCUCGAGAUACCGCUAGGUAUAUAAACUUAGUCAGACGGAACGUUUUGCAAAUCAAAAUUCUGGCUCUUAUUUUGUUGACGGCAAGUUUGAAAGCUUCUUCUCGCACUGCAAAAGUUCUUCAAACAAUUGACUUAGAUCGCGAGACUUGUACCGAGCAGAAAGAUAUCUAGACUAUGAAAGACACCAUCAGCGACGAAAAGAGUGCUGGGGUUCAGGAAACCGCAAUCGAAGCAGCGCUUGGCCAUGAUCCUGUCACGUUGGCCCGUGUCGAGAAAGAGAUUGGCGUUCUCGAGGCGAUAAGGACCUACCCUCUUGAGGUGUUCUGGUGUGCGGUGUUUUGCUUAGGUGUUGUGAUGGCAGGUUACGAUGGACAGAUCAUCUCGUCCUUCUAUGCGUUGCCUGCGUUCCAAAAGAGAUUUGGAAACCUGCAGAGUGACGGCACUUACCAGAUCGCAGCAUCUUGGCAAACCGCCCUUGGUAUGGGCUCCCCUAUCGGUCAGGUCAUUGGUACGUUGGGUAUUGCUUGGCCUCUUGAGUGGUAUGGAAGAAAACUCACAUACAGUGUCGUCUGUGUCGGCUGUAUCGGAUUGAUCUUCAUGCAGUUCUUUGCUCCUUCGCUUGGCGUCUUGACAGCAGGUGAGAUCCUAGCCGGUAUUUUAUGGGGGUGCAUGGUUUUGAUUGGCCCUCUUUAUGCCUCUGAGGUCGCCCAGAUUAAGUUGAGAGGGAUCUUGACCGCCAUGUCCAACUUGAGUUUUGUCAUCGGCCAGUUUGUCGCCAACGGUGUUUCUGAUGGCUUCGCAUCUAACUCAACCGAGUGGGCCUACAAAAUCCCAUUUGCAAUUCAGUGGGCAUGGCCUGUCAUUAUUCUCAUAUUACUACCUUUUGCGCCAGAAUCGCCUUAUUGGUUAGUCCGUCAUGAAAGAAUCGACGACGCCAGAAAGGCCAUCAGACAAAUCGCAUCCAAGUCUGUUUCUGACGAGAUUAUCGAGGAAAGAUUGAACUUGGUGGUGGACACCGACAAAUUGGAAAGAGAAAUGGAACAGACCACUUCUUACCGGGACAUCUUCAAGGGCUCAAACCUCAGAAGAACCGAAAUCUGCUCCAUCGUUUAUAUCAUCCAAGUCUUGUGUGGUGUUCCUUUUGCUAUGAACUACAGCACGUAUUUCUUUGAGCUUGCCGGAUUUGCUUCCAGUAGAGCUUUUGACUUGUCUCUUGGUUCAACUGCCAUCGGAUUUGUUGCCACCUUACUCACCGGUGUUUCUUUGUCCUACAUUGGUAGAAGACCUUUGUACAUCACAGGUUUGACUUUCACCACCAUCCUAUUGUUCAUCAUCGGCUUUUUGGACAUUCCAAGCAACUAUCUAAGCAGACCUUCUCUUUCACAAACCCAAGCUGCCUUGAUGUUGAUUUGGUCCUUCGCUUAUCAGCUGACUGCUGGUGCCUUAUGUUUUGUGUUGAACGGUGAAGUCCCUUCCACCAAAUUGAGAAGCAAAACCAUUGCUUUUGCCACCGCUGUUCAGGCCCUUGUCUUUAUUGCCGCCACUGUUGCUUUACCAUAUAUGCUAAACCCAGAAAAUGGUAACUUGCGUGGUAAAACCGGUUUCAUCUUUGCUGCGUUCUCUUCAGUCUGUUGCGUCUGGGCUUUCUUCAGACUUCCAGAAACAGCAAACAGAAGUUUCGAAGAGUUGGACAUCAUGUUCCACAACAAGGUUCCUACAAGAAAGUUUGCAAACUACGUGAUCGACUACUCUGAGGUCAAAGCUUUGACUUUCGAAGAAUCAGAAUCCGAGAAAAACUCGGUAUAAUUAUCAUGCAGUCGUUUAAUUUUUGUGUAGCUACACCUUUACGUUCCUUUACUUAUCCGCUCUAAUUUUAUGUGUAUGCCCUGAAACUACUUCAUGAACGGUUGCAAUCUUCCUUCUCUGUCUC